CUAGAGGGCAGCGAUGGUGCUGAGCUUGUUUUCAACCUCUCGUUAAUUGUUCACACGAAGAAGAAUCCGGACGUGACCGCUUGUAAACACGUUGCGAGGGCAGUGUCUUAAGUCGUUUGACUGUACAUCCGGUGAGCUGCUUUGCGACAUGGUGCAGCUGCACGUGAAGCGCGGGGACGAGAGCCAGUUUCUCCUCAGCACGUCGGUGGACUCGCCUCUGGAGACGCUGAUCCAGCAAAUCACAGCCAUCUACAACGGGAGACUCAAAGUGGAGCGAAUAUGCGCAGAGAUCCAGGAGCUGGCCGACCACGGCGUCACGCUGCCACCCAACAUGCAGGGCCUGACGGAGGAGCAGAUUGUGGAGCUGAAACUUAAGGAUGAAUGGGAGGAGAAGUGUGUGCCCAGCAGCGGGCCGGUAUUUAAGGUGGAUGAGAUGGGGAGGAGGAACGGACACGCUCCAAAUGAUAAAAUGAAGCAGGUUUUGUUAAGAACCGUUGAGGACGCAAAGGCCCUGAUCUCUAAAAAACAAGUUCAAGCCAACGUUUGUCUCACCGCGGAGACGGUAAAGGAAGCCUUGGAUCCGCUAAGGGGUGCAGUCAUGAUUGUGUACCCCAUGGGGCUGCCGCCUCAUGACCCCAUCAGGAUGGAGUUUGAGAACCAAGAAGACCUCUCAGGAACGCAGGCAUCUCUGCAGGUGAUCACAGAGGACGAGUGCCAGCUAUGGUGGGCUGGCAAAGAGAUGCAGAGAGGGAAAAAACUGCAGGACUACAUCGGCAAAAAUGAAAAGACAAAGCUUGUGGUCAAAAUCCAAAAGAAAGGGCAGGGGCAGCCAGCCAGAGAGCCUCUGAUCACCGAGGAGCAGCAGAAACAAAUGAUGAUGCAUCAGUACAGGAGGCAGGAGGAGCUCAAGAAACUGGAGGAGGCAGACGAUGAUAGCUACCUGGACUCGCAGUGGUCAGACAGACAGGCCCUCAGAAAACAGUUUCAAGGCCUCACCAACAUCAAAUGGGGACCGAGAUAAACCGCUGUGCCGCUCUACCGGGAGGUUGUUUCCAGCUAAGCAGCCUUAUCACCACCCUGUAGUUGUUAAAAUGACUUUUUAAGGCUUUUAAGAGAAACUUCAAAUGCCUUGUAGAGGAUGUGUGUCUAGACUGACAUUCAAAUAAUGUCUUCAUCUGAACUCAAAUUGGAAGAAGGCGUCGAGAGAU